CAAAUCUUCCAAAUGGGAACCUUCCUGCAGUCUUCUUCCUCAACUCCUAAGUCCUAACACAUGACUUUAUUAACCCAAGAAGAGUCAACCAUUAAUUCUUUCUAAACUUAACUACUUGAUUGCCUCACACACCUAACCCCCAUUAUAAUAAUAAACCCAAUUUCACCCAUUCUAUCAAACUCAAAAUUUGAUCGAACAUCAACUCCCAUGGCACCUAUUGCACAAGCAUACCAAGAGCACCUCCCGGCAGUGCCCUCAUGGCUAAACAAAGGCGACAACGGGUGGCAAAUGACGGCCGCAACGCUCGUAGGCCUCCAGAGCAUGCCGGGCCUCGUCAUCCUCUACGCCAGCAUUGUCAAGAAGAAAUGGGCCGUCAACUCGGCUUUCAUGGCCCUCUAUGCCUUUGCAGCAGUCCUAAUAUGUUGGGUCCUCGUGUGCUACCGGAUGGCCUUUGGCGACCAGCUGCUACCGUUUUGGGGCAAGGGUGCCCCCGCUUUAGGCCAAAAGUUCCUAAUUCACCGAGCCCAGGUCCCCGAAAGUAGACACUCGUAUGACGAUGGCUCCGAGGAGACACCCAAGAUUGAGCCCUUUUAUCCAAUGGCCUCAUUGGUCUACUUCCAAUUCACUUUUGCAGCCAUUACAAUGAUUUUACUAGCUGGCUCUGUUCUUGGUCGCAUGAACAUCAAGGCAUGGAUGGCCUUUGUCCCUCUUUGGCUCAUCUUUUCAUAUACAGUUGGUGCUUUUAGUCUAUGGGGUGGUGGCUUUCUCUUCCAUUGGGGCGUCAUCGACUACUCCGGUGGUUAUGUCAUCCAUCUAUCCUCAGGAAUUGCUGGUUUCACUGCCGCUUAUUGGGUUGGGCCGAGGCUGAAGAGUGACAGGGAGAGGUUCCCACCAAACAAUGUGUUACUCAUGCUGGCUGGUGCUGGUUUACUAUGGAUGGGUUGGUCAGGUUUCAAUGGCGGGGCACCUUACGCGGCCAAUAUUGACGCCUCCAUAGCGGUGCUAAACACGAAUAUAUGUGCAGCCACAAGCCUUCUGGUAUGGACAUCACUUGAUGUUGCCUUCUUUGGAAAGCCAUCGGUGAUAGGAGCCGUUCAGGGGAUGAUGACUGGCCUUGUUUGUAUUACUCCCGGAGCUGGGGUGGUGCAAUCGUGGGCAGCGAUAGUGAUGGGUUUACUUUCUGGUAGUAUUCCAUGGUUUUCCAUGAUGAUCCUUCACAAGAAGUCUACUUUGCUACAGAAGGUGGAUGACACCCUAGGUGUAUUUCAUACCCACGCCGUGGCGGGACUACUGGGCGGACUUUUGACGGGGCUAUUGGCUGAGCCGGCCCUUUCCAGUCUGGUACUUCCGGUAGGCAACACGAGGGGUGCAUUUUACGGUGGCAGUGGCGGCAGUCAAUUCCUGAAGCAACUGGUAGCAGCAAUGUUUGUGAUCGGGUGGAACAUCGUGUCGACCACCGCAAUUCUACUAUCAAUAAGGCUGUUCAUACCGCUCCGAAUGCCUGAAGAGCAGCUCAUAAUUGGAGAUGAUGCUGUUCAUGGAGAAGAAGCCUAUGCCCUUUGGGGUGACGGAGAGAAGUAUGACCCAACAAAGCAUGGAUGGCAUAUGUCCUCCUACGCAGGCGAAGUUGCACCAUCUGGGUUCGGCAUUGGUGCAAGAGGUGUGACUAUUAAUUUAUAAAAGGUGUGUGUGAUUAGGUUUAAUUUCUAUCCUAUCCCGUCCCUUCAACAUCCUUAAUUAACGGGAAUCAUACUCUAAUGAUUCUGUUAAUUACCAUUUAAUUAUCUUGUUUCAUGCCCACGUUUACACAUUGUUGCUUUUGAUACUAUCUAAGUUGUGAAAAAAUUCAAUGUCGUAUAUAAAAUUUUGAUCGUGUUACAUUUCGUACAUUAUAAACAAAUUUAUCUUAUAAAGUUGGCUUUAUAGAGUUGCUCAUAA